AUGAUCCUGCGGCCACACUUAAAGUUCUCGGUGUACAGGCGGGAAGCGUGGCCAUCCCGAUCUGCAGCGGCUGAAUCCUUUCGCAGAAAACCCUUCUAUCAAACCUGGGAUCGCCGCGUCUUUGCGGAAUUCGUAAAAUACGGCUUGCGCGAUGUCUCGGUGGACACUGGAAUCAGUGGUAAGGAUAGUCAGCCUCAAAUGACAACACCGGUAAGACUCACUACCCCUGUUCUGUGUGAGCUUGCCUCCUUUGCGCGGCCAUAUCACAAUCUCCCUGCCCCAGAUGCAGCGAUAGGCGAUUCUAGAAACCGCCUCACGCACCCGGAUCUCGACCCUCAGGUCAUGACAUCGUUGCCGUUUUAUCGUCCAGAGGUAACUGAACUUUUCCCUCGGCUGCCCUACCUACGACCGAGUGUCCUUUACAUCUACGGUAGUGAGUCCCAUAUGAGCCUUCCGGAGUUGAGGAGCGACAAACUGCGGACUACAGGAAUUGCUACCGGAGGCAGUGGCGGGGCUGCAGCUGGUCGCGUGCGCGAGGUCGUCAUGCAAGGGUUUUCACACCAGGUGCCGUUGGAAGCGGUCAAUGAAUGCGCAGAGGAGAUAUCUAGUUGGCUAGCCUGCGAAUCAAGGCGCUGGUGUAGAGAGGAACAGGCUUUUCACAAUAGGCGGGGUAACGCUGCCAGCUCUGAUUCAAGGACUAUCGACAAAGACUGGAAAGUCUAUGUUCCAAGGGGUAAUCGAGUGAAGCCGAACAUGUAA